CACAAUCAGUUGAGUUGAGUUGUCACUUGUAAUUGUGCAAAGUGUAAAGUGGAAAGUCGAGUUUCCUUUGCGUUUUUCCAACGUGAGGUGAUUCGCCGAUUUCAUUUUAAUUUUUAAACAGACCUAUAAAUUAUAAAACAAAAAUCUAUGUUAUUCGGUUAAAAGUAUCACUAGAACGUUUUAUAUUCUUAAAUAAAAACUUUUUAAUUAUGGCUGAAGCAACUAGCCCUCCACCACAGCCCCAAAGGGGCUUAAAUUUCAACGCCCUAAAAGAACACGCAAUUACCCACAAAAUUGAUUGUGGUCUUUGGGCUAUGCGUGUAUUAGUUAUUCUUUUUAGCACUGCAUACUUUAUCCCAAUAUUUGGAAAUGCUCAAAGCUGCUACUACAAAGUUCUAAUUGCUAAUGCAGCCAUCAGUGCCUUAAGAUUACAUCAGAGAUUGGGAAGGGUGCAGUUUUCUAGACAGUUUUUGGCUGAACUAAUUCAAGAGGACAGUGGACAUUAUUUGUUUUAUUCACUAAUAUUCAUCUAUGUUGCUCCGGCAACAUUGGUUCUUCUUCCAGUGUUACUGUUUGCCAUUCUUCAUGCUUCGAGUUAUUCUCUUACUUUAUUAGAUACUCUUGGACAAAACUCAUGGUGGGGAUGUCGACUUUUGAUUUCAUUUGUUGAGUUCCAGUCUUUAAACAUCCUCAAGUUGGUUGCCUUGAGUGAAAUUUUGCUGAUGCCUUAUGCAGUUGUUAUGGCACUCUCAGGUAGAGCUGGCAUACUGACUCCUUUCAUCUACUACAAUUUCCUUUCUCAACGUUACACAUCCAGGAGGAAUCCAUACACAAGAAACAUGUUCCAUGAACUGCGAAUAGUUAGCGAGAAUCUCGCGAAUAAACCGAACAUGCCGGAAAUAGUGCGCAAAGUUAUACUUAGCUGUAUCGCGUUUGUUAGUAGAUUAUCGCCGCCAGUAAUGCAGGCACCCCCAGCACAGGCUCAGUAAUAGUAAAAUGUAUUUGAAACAAAGUUUGUAUAGUUUUAAUUUCAGUUUGGAACAAAUUAUUAUUAUUUUUUUUUAAACAUGUAUUAUGUGGUGGGUAAGUUAGGCGUCUUGACAAUUUAGAACAAUUUGAUAUUUAUGUUUUGGGUUUUUUUCUUGUAAUGUUUAACACAUUUAUAUUAAUAAGUUCGUUUUUGAAGUAUGAAGUAACUGCAUGGUUAUAUUUUUUACUUUUCACGGGUCAUUGAUGUAGCAUCCGCACUGUUUUUAAUUCCGGUGAAUUUCAGUUGUUAAUUAUUUUGUUCCUUAGUGACUUACAUCAUGCUAUGUUGUUAUUAUUGUAAUGUUUUUAGUAAAAUUAUAAUAUGGUUUAUAAAUUACUGGUGGAGGAGAGAUUUGUAUUUUGAACUGUUUUUAUUAAACUUUUUACCUACACUA